AUGCCUCAAAAAUCUCCAUUUUCGAUCAGCAUCCCUCCCACAGAUCUUCUCACCUAUCUUUUCCCGCCCGAUGAGAAGCCUUCAACCCAACCGCUCUAUAUCUCUGCUGAUGACCCUUCUCGCUAUUCGCUGUCGCCGGCGGAGACUCUCGUCUGGGUCAAGCAGUUGGCGCUUGGGUUGCAGCGGAUCCUUGGGGUGAAUGGGAAAAGCGCAGAAUCAAGAACGGGCUUCACGAUUAUGAUGUUUACCCCAAAUCAUGUGCUUGUCCCUGUUGUCUAUCUCGCGGCUAUCGCGGCAGGCGGGAUCUUUAGUGGCUGUAGUAUAAGCUUUGGAGUCAACGGUGAGCAAUAUCCUUCUUCGAGUCCAUGUCUCGGCCCUGCUAAAGACGACGUGUGCUCCACAGAAGCGACAACUCAAUUGCAAAACACCGGCACGGAGGUAUUCUUCGUUCACCCAAAACUGUUGAAAGUGGCUCUCGCAGCUGCCAAAAAGGCUGGACUUCCGAAGAGCCGAAUCUUUCUUUUUGACCAAGAGCCUCACCCAGAAACAGAGGGAAUCCCCGAUUUCCGCUCAAUGCUGACCACGGUGGAUGAAGCUCAAAGGUGGCAAUGGAAAAGGUUGAAUGGUGACGAAGCAAGGAACACCACAGCCGUGCUCAAUUACUCUUCUGGAACGACUGGGCUUCCGAAAGGAGUCCGCAUUAGUCACACCAAUUUGAUUGCCAAUGUUUCUCAGUCGAUUUAUAUGCGCGACCUAGAACAGCCGUACACACCAUCCACUCGACCUCAGGAACGUUGGCUGGGGUUUCUCCCUCUUUCUCAUGCCUACGGACAGUUGUGGACGAUUCUCGCGGCGCUAAAGACGCAAUCACCUGUCUAUAUCAUGGCACAGUUCCACUACGUCGAAUUUCUCAAACACAUCCAGACCCAUAAAAUCACUCACCUGCAGACUGCCCCGCCGGUGCUGGUGAUGCUCGCCAAGAGACCCGAGACGGAGAGCUACGAUAUCAGCUCCUUGCGCAACAUUCUCAGCGGCGCAGCACCUCUGAGCCAGGAAUUGCAGAACGAAGUCACGUCGAAACUCAACGGGGGAAGAGUUGUGCAGACCUGGGGGAUGACCGAAGUGACGUGCUCAGCGCUCCACAUGCCGGGCGGACGAGACGAUCGAAGCGGCAGUGUGGGCUAUAUCGAUCCGAACUGUGAGAUGAAACUGCUGGAUGAUUCCGGGGUGGAGGUCCCGAUCGGCGAAAGGGGCGAGAUCCACGUGCGUGGACCUAAUAUAUGCCAGGGCUACUGGAGGAAUAAACAGGCGACUCGUGACCUCUUUGACCAGGAUGGGUUCCUCCGAACGGGGGACAUAGCCGUUAGGAAUGCAGAAGGCCUUUACUGGAUCGUCGACCGGAAGAAGGAGCUGAUCAAGGUCAAGGGCUUACAAGUGGCGCCAGCCGAGCUUGAGGCCGCGCUUUUAGAGCACGACGGUGUCGCCGACGCGGCAGUUGUGGGUAUCAAGCUCGGACAAGACGGCGACGAAGCGCCCAGGGCAUAUGUCGUAUUGAAAGAAAAGGUCAAGGGCAGCCUAACCGCGGAUGCUCUCGCACAAUGGCUGCAUGGCAGAGUGGCGAAGCACAAGUACCUCACUGGUGGAGUGGUUUUCAUUGACGAGGUGCCGAAGAGUCCCAGUGGAAAGAUUCAACGGAAGCUCAUACGUGAAUGGGCAGCAAAGGAUUCAGCCACCGUCAAAGCGAAGCUUAGUAGGCUGUCUCGGGUCUAUGUCAGCUCUCUGCAAGAUCGUAUCCGGCUCCUCGAGUCAACUGUUCAACAGCUGGGGCAGCAGGGGCCGGUGGUCACAACAGCCAACAAUAGCAAUGAUUUGGAGCCGCCGCCUCCGCCCGGCGUCGACGAAGAAGUGUCCUAUAGUCCACCUUUGGAUCUGAAUCGUGAGAUUUCCUCUGGGUUGUCAACAGGAGGGAUGGGAUCCCUCGCCCUAGAAGGACCUGGUGCCGGGAGACUAAGCAAUGUCGGUCUACAACCCGAAGACGACUCCCUCCCGUUACCUCAGGAAGCAGCCCAUGAAGAGGGAGAUAACCAACUGGAGGAAGCUUACUGGUCGGGCCAGAAUGCUGUAUUGCCCUUGGUGGUAAAAUCUUUGUUCGUGGCCGACCGAAUAGCAAGGAGGUCACAGUAUUUCUCACGAGCGCUUCGGGCGUGCAUGAUUGCAGUAGCCGCCCGCGGUUCCACCAUGAUUGACUCCUCACGACAGCGUCAGCUACGCUUGACAGCAUGUCAGAUGGUUCGUGUCGAAGACCAUCAGAACACUGGAUUGGCAGGUGUGCAAAGUCUUUUGUUGCUCGCAGAUUUGGCAUGUGCCGUUGGGAAUUCAGCGCAGGCUAGGGCACUCCACUUGAAAGCAGGAGAGAAGCUAGAUCGGAUACUCGGAGCGUCGAUGACGCUUUCUGAAAUGACAUCAACGCUGGCUAGGGAGGCUAUUUGGCGGACAGUAAUCUUCUAUACUGUCACCUCACAAUUUUGGCAUGUCUUCGACAGCUCAGGAUCCUCAGCACCACCAGGACAACAGAAGUACAUCGAGAAGUUCCUGUCCAAGAAAUCGCCAUCCCAGCAGGGUCCUCAUGAUCUUGAUUCUUCUCCAACACGGUCGAUAUGCAGUGUUUGGACGGAGUUGAUGCGAAUGUCCACAGCGGCAAUGGCCCUAGAGCAGUCAUCCCCAUCGAGCACGGACAAUACAAUCGACCUGGAAUCUUUGGCUCGAUUAGACGCUGAAUGCCAUGACUGGUACUGUCGGCUGCCGUGGAGUUUACGAUGUCCGCCAAGGAGCCGACCUGCACCUCCAGCAGAAUUUCUCGUCCUGCUGAUAUGUUACCACUGUACCCUCAUCCUCCUGCAUCGGAAACAGGUCAACUAUCACACAACUGCUGCCAGCGUGGGUGAAGCAUCCUUCUCGCCCACAAAGGCCCUCUCAUCUAUUUCGCGAAUGGUGUGCUUAAAGAACGCCAUCAGAUUAUCCGAUGUCUUCAGCCAGUACCGACAACACUACCAAGUGUCGCACCUGGGCAUCCGGGCCGUCUUACCCCUUACGGUUGCGUCAGCUACGCUCGCCGCGGAAAUCGCGGACGGCGAAGACGGGACCGGGUGGCAAUCGCAGAAAGAGCAUCUUGCUGGCUUGCUAGAUGCUUUCAGGGAGCUUUCAGAGACUGUGAAGGUGGCGGAACGGCCGGCGGGGAUACUCUCUAGACACGUCAAUCCCUCAACAGUGGCGGCUGCAGGCUCAGACUCGGCUCCUCCCACCCGGGACUUGCUAGAUGACCUGGUAGCGUCGUUUGCGGGUAUGAAUGAUUUAGAACAAGGAGCACAGGUUCCCUAG